AAACCUUUCAUACUAUGUGCUAAGAAAUCUUUAGUCGUCUUUGAGCUCUGGUAAACAGUAAAAAUGGCGAAGUAUAUUACUGGAGCCCUCGAUAAAGUUAAAGUAACCUUCGAUAUUUUGAAACAAAAUGGUGGAAUAAGGGGAUCUCUCUACCAACUUUUUCGGACUGAUGAAUUAAAGAAUGGGACUGUAGUCGGCACCGAUAAAUACGGAAAUACGUAUUACGAAAAUAAUCGCUAUUUUGUCGGCCGAAAUAGAUGGAUCAUUUAUAAUGACAAAGUUUUUUUGGACUAUGAUGGUUCCCAAGUGCCUGCAGAGUGGUAUGGCUGGCUGCACUACAAGACGGACUUACCUCCAACAGUGAAACCACCUGUCAAGUAUGGGUGGAUGGUUGAUCAUAUUGAAAACAAAAGUGGAACACAAGAGGCAUACAUGCCAUGUUCUACAACAAAAUCCAAAAUUCAGGCUUGGGAUCCAAAUGCCACAAAAAAAUAGGGUUCCCCAUGUGUACAGUUCGAUAUAGUGUAUCACAACUCAAAUAAAUAAAAAAUAGCUAAACAAGAAA